CCAUGUCCACCAUGCUCGAUGAGGAUGACGUGCUUCGGUCUGGGUUCCUUGACCCCGGGACGUCAAGGUACUUACUCAGCACUCCUUCUUCUCUGAGUCGAUCAAUGUCAUCUCCAAUCUAUACUUCUCAUUUUGGCGAAGAUCCUGAUCCUUGGAAAAGCUCAAAUGCCUUUGAUCCUGUGGCUGACAUGCGCCAAGGUCUUGGAACUCACGAUGCUGUUGCGGACAAUAUCCUAGGAUCAGAAGUGACAGCUGCCAGCGUAUUAGUCGGAAUUGAAUUGCCAGAGAUAUAUGAUACAGCGUACCUGAGGGCUGGACCUGUAGAUGAUCGAGUCAGUCUCGAGGCGCUCGGUAAGGUGGUUUCUCUUGCCACUCUUCCUUCUCGUGCAACAGAAAAGGUCCUUCACACUGCUGUUCCUGCCGGAGCUCUUUAUGUCACUCAUAACGAAUUCAACACAGCCCUUGCUUUGGUUGCCUGUGCACAAAAGAAUAUGGAAAUAUCUUUACAGACAGUCUACCAGCAUCGUAAUGAUUUGCCAAUCCCCACCUUGCCAAAACUCAAUGAAUUCCACAUAAAACGUAACAGUCGUCAGAUAUUGCCUCCUCCAGCUAACCAGACGCAGCAAAUGGAUGACCCUUGGAAAGUCAUUCUCACGCCACCAAAUCACAAUGGCCCAAAUUCAACUGGCCCAUUAUCACAGCACAACAAUAAUAAUCAUAAUCAUAAUGAUACGUCACUUAACGAAAAUACAUCUCUAAACAACAGCCAUGGACGUACUCAAAGUAUGAGUUCACUAAAUCCCGCUGCUCACCAGGACUCCCAUUUAUCGAGAGAUCUAAAGGGAAAUUCUUUCGUGCCCACUCACGACAUAAAGCCAAUCGCAGAAACACUUGAAUGGUUCAAAGAUUUGGAUGUCAUCAAGUUAUCCAUCGCACCCGAGAAGGAAGGAUUUCUGUUUAAGCAUGUCAACUACGUUGUAGAAAGCCAGAAGCGUCAGUCGAUUGUUUUGCGCCGCUAUAGUGACUUUUAUUGGUUGUGGGAAACCUUGUUGAAACGAUAUCCCUUCCGUUUAAUCCCUAAUUUGCCCCCAAAGAAACUUGGAGCACAGGACGAUGUGUUUAUAGAAGCACGUAAAAAGGGUUUGAACAGAUUCAUUCAUGCAAUUGUGCGACAUCCAAUUCUCAAAAAAGACGAAGUUGUUGACAGAUUUUUGACAGAACCAUCGGAACUCUUGGCCUGGCGAAAAGCUAACCCUCCUGUGACGGAUGAAGAGUUUGUACGCAUUCAUCCAGAAACAAAUUCACUUGAGGCGUAUAUACCCCGCGAUCUAGAAGACCGCCUCGAGAAACUUGAGAAGCAAUUGCCAAAGAUGGUUGAACAUUAUCACAAUAUGUGCGCUAUGAUGGAGAAAAUGAUCAAAUUACAAGAAGUUUACGGAACGGAGAUGGUGCGGUAUAGCAUUGCCUUAAAUAAAAUAAGCGAAACAGAGAACACAUGCUUUGUUCCUGAUUGCCAUGGCUGCAAACAAGUUGUUCGAGGCUAUGAAUCGGUGGCAAAACAUAUGCAAAAGGCUGGUUCGAUUACGGAAGAACAAGUCUCUUGUUCCAUUGAUAGCGUUUUGGAAGAUUUGAAGCAAUACCGGGACACUUUAGUCUCAUUCAAGGAAACCAUGGACCGUAAGCCGAAACUUUCUGUCAAUCAAAUCGAUACUCUCGCAAAAAGACUUUCAGCAAACCACGCCAAAGUUAAUCAAAAUCGAGGUGUCCCUGGAUUGGAAAGCGAAGUCGAAAGAUUGGAUCUAGCUAUCAAAACGGAUCAUGAAAAGAUGACAUGGCAACAACAGCGCGACAUUCAUAUUCGUUACAGCAUUUCAUGCGAACUCUCUUAUAUCCACAAGCAGCAUGCCCUUGUAGCUCAUCUGUACCAAAACUACACUCAUGACCAGCUUCGCUUUUCACGCAAAUCGGUCGACAAUUGGAAAGCACUUGAAGUCCUUACCAGCGACAUACCUGAACCUGAAGAGUUUGCUUGAUUUGCUUUUGUUCGUUCUUUAUUUUUAUUAUUAUUAUUAUUAUAUAUUUUGCAUCCAUGUUUUUUCUCCUUCUUUUAUUCCUUUCUUGCUUAUAUCGUUUGAUUCCACAACAUAUCUAAAGAAAAACAUACCUUACAUGUCUCUGUUAUAUUCCCAUAUCAUAUAAUAGGUUUAUCUUGGUUACUUUCUUGCUUAUUUAUUCCCUUUACUAAACUCUCUUUUUUUAAAAAAAAAACAAUCUUUACACAAGAAUAAAGAUUUAGCGUGCCAAUUAAACAAAAGCUAAAAACC